UCGCAAUAAGCAUGAUUGCGAUGUUGACCAAAGGGUUCUUCAUCACGCUUCGUUGGUUCCGAACAAGGCACACCUGUUGCCGUUCACGAUUGUCCAGCUAUAUUUACAAAUCCUUAGCAAACUUUGUGACCAAAAGCGUAAAUAAAGAAAGUGUUGAUCCGAAAUCAUGGAUCAAUCGCGCAUCUUGUUUUCAUUAUUUACAUGUUGCUUUCUUGGCGCAUCCUUGUCAUCUCCAAUUACAGAUCCCUUACCAGCAGAACCAUCCGCGAUCAAGACGAAAGAUGUUUCAUGUCCUCAAGGAAAACCUUUUCAAUGGUCAAAGGCGGAUCCAGCAGGGAAGGAUAUUGCAGUUGAAUACAAAUGCGGAGACAAAGGUGAUUUAAAGAAACUGACACUUGCAUGUGACAAAGGAUUCAAAGCGACAUAUCGAAAGGAUCUUAUUCCAAACAAUAUGGACCAUGUCCUUUUGGAAGAAACCGCUAAGAGGGCCAGCAUUGCUGAAAAUCCGGAGCCAAAUUUUGGUCUUUUUGCAUCUGGGAAGAGCCUUGACGUUCUUGACAAGGCAAAUCUUGUUUAUGCAUGUAUCAAGGUUUAGCAGAAUCAAAUUGCUGGAUAUCUGCUUUGAACGGUAAUGAGUUUUGGUACAAAAGUCAAAAUUCACCAUGUAAACAAGUAUAUAGCAAAUUUGACGUGGAUUAUUUAACAUAUCACGAUAACGUGUAAAUCGUUUUUGUACUGUUGUAUUCUCAUAGAAUAUUUCAUUUUAUAGAUCUCUAUAAUUAGACUUUUUAAA